AAAGAUGACGAGUCUGUCAAAUUUUUUACGGGUAUACCUAGCCUUGCUUGCUUUAUGAUGACAUUUAAUUUGCUCAAGCCGUUUGUAGAAAAACUUGAGUAUUGGGACAAAAACAAAGAAAAAGAAGUAAGCUAUCAAAAAGAUUCAAGUAAAAAAAAGCCUGGAAAGCAAAGAUUAUUGACCAUUAUGGAGGAAUUUAUCUUAACUUUGGUGAGACUCAGACUUGGGCUUGUAAGCAUAUAUCUUUGGAGUAUCAGAAGGAUCAGUUAGCAAAGUUUUCACAACGUGGAUUUGCUUUGUAUCAACAGUUUUUCGUGAUAUUCUUCUUAAAUGGCCUUGUAAGGAAGAAAUUAAGAAAGUUGCCAAGUUCUUUUAAUCAAAGUUUCCAAGCGCUCGAAUAAUAAUAGAUUGCACAGAGAUAUUUUUCCAAAAGCCAAUAUCCCCUUAUGCCCAGAGAGCUACAUGGAGUAACUAUAAACAGCACAAUACCAUGAAAGCACUGUUGGGAAUCACUCCAACAGAUUACUUCUCCUUUGUUUCUAAACUA